UGUACUUUGAAUUUUUUAAACCCUUUUCUCUUUCUCUCUCUCUCUCUCUCUCUUUAUUCCUCCUUUCCAUCCUCUUUAUUUUAUAUCAUUAAGAUAUAACCCUUUCCAUUCCUUUUUUUUUAUUUUCUUUUUUAAGAAAAAAAAUCCAUAGUCAUUCGUUAUAACAUGUUUAACACAAUUUAUAAAUUAAGAUUAUUUAUUGAGGAAACCUCUCAAUACUAUCCUAUCCUUCUUUGCGCCAUUAAGGAUAAAGAACCUACUUUUAAUGAUUUAAUGAAGUAUAUUCAACGUACAAUCAGCAUGAAUGUUAACUUGAAUAAUUGUCAUUUUGCAACUGUUGACACGAAUAUUAUUUUAUCUGACGAUUAUAGUUUCAAAAAUGCAUUAAAAUGUUCAAUAUUAAAUCGAAAAAGACUAGAAAUUGUUCUUUAUAAUAAUAAUUCAAAGAAAAUUAGCCUUUCUUCAACUUUAGUUACUAGUACUCAUCAUACACAUUCAGAAAUUAAAGUUGACAAUGCCCCAGUUAUUAAACCAACCGCCUAUAAAUGGAUGCCUGAUAGUUUAUCUCUUAAUACAAUAGUUAAUACUGACUCAUUACACCAAAUGAGUUAUGUUCGACGUAGCCAUAAUAAGCAAAAUUUUUAUCAUGAAAAUCUUGAUGGGCCGCUUAGAAAGAAACAAAGAGUAUUGCUAAACCAUCCUCAUUCACGUAAAUUACCUGAACCGUAUUCAAUAGCUUCGAAAUCCUUACUUUCCUUCAGAAAUAAUAAUAACAUUAUCUUGGAUCAUAACAAUAAUAGUCCACAUCCACUUGAGAUACGUCCUAAAGGACAAUCGAUUGCCACAGACUCGACUACUUUACCCUAUAUUUCUUCUGCCUUUUCAUCUUCCCCAACUCCUACUUUACCUGCUAUUUCAUCUCUGACAGUACGUAAUGAAGAUUUCUUUUUAGGCUUUCAGCAGCUUGCUCCCAUUAUCCAUCAUGAAGAAGAAGAAGAAGGAAUGAAAGGAAAGCUAAAUAAAAAAAGAAUUCGAGCAAGUGUAGCCAGUACAAAUCAUACUCAUAAUGUACAACAAACAGCAAUUUAUCAAUGUGACCAUAUCGCAGAAUCAGGUAAAGUCUGUGGUCAAACCUUUCGUCGUUCUUAUGACCUUUCUCGACAUCAAACGAUCCACCUCAAAAAUCGUCCAUUUUGUUACUGUGAUAAAUGUGGAAAAAAGUUUACUCGUAUGGAUGCGUUACGAAGGCAUGAAAGGGUACAAGGACAUUAUUCUUCAUCAGCGCAACAUCAAAAGCAACAUCGUUCCUUAUCUACUUCUGCUUUACCGCCACAAAAGAUGACUCAUGUUUAACCCUC